AUGUUUGCCCUUGGCCGCCACAAGAUGAACAAGAGGAUCCUCCGUUCCCUCCUAAUCGCUGCAUCCAUCUUCACCUUUAGUGUUCUUCUCACGUCGGAUCAUCAUGGCUGGCCAUUUGACCUCCCCGAUCUUCUUGUUUUCUCAUUUGCCUCGACUGGGUAUUCCAUACCAACGGAUCCACCAGGCGCAUGGGCAAACCACCCCGUCGCCCUCCUUCACGAACGAGCGAAAGACAGCUUUAAUGACCUCAUUCAGCGACAGUCGCGAACUGCCAAAGAUGCAUCAAUCGAGUACAAGCGACGUUAUCGCUGCGAUCCUCCUCCUGGCUUCAACGAGUGGGCACAACAUGCGAUUCAGUUAGGGUCACCAAUCAUCGACGACUUCGAUAUCCUCUCCCAUAGCGUCCACCGCUUCGCUCAUUUGACUGCUGCCGAUAUACGCCGUCGCAUGGAGGAUGCAGCUCAAGGAAACUCAAGAGUUGAAAGAUGCGAGCUUCGCGACAACAAUGGUCGCAAAGAGUUUGAUGAAGGCUGUCGGCACUUUGCACGCCCAUUGACGGCGCUGCUGGACAGUGCAGGUGCCCGUCACCUGGUUCCCAAUCUUGAUUUUCUGAUAAACUUCCUAGACGAGCCUUCAGUCUUGGUUACCCAGGAAGCGAACUCGUCGAGUCAGAAUGACCCCGUUCUUCCCUGGGUGGAUCUCUCCCAUAGUCCAAUAUCUGCAGUUGUCAACAGUGCAUGCAGCUUGGUUGACGGCUCCGCGUUUCCGACCACCGAUUCAAUCACCUCGAGACUUGAGACGGAUAUAACCGUGGAAGUGCCGUUAGUCCAAGAUGUCACCAAGGCCAAGGAUCUUUGCCAGAAUCCGAAUUACAUAUCAACUCAGGGCCUACUCAUGUCCCCUCCAACUUUUAAGCAUAUGGGCUCGCUAGUGCCUAUACUUUCACAAGCCGCGCCGGCACCGUUUGCCGACAUACUAUACCCAGCGACGCACUACAGCUUACGAACCAGUCUGUACAACGGCUGGUGGGACAGAAGAUGGAACAAAAAGAAGAAUGCCGUUUACUGGGCUGGAUCCUCAACGGGUGGUCAGUGGUCAGACGAGGAUUGGAUGCAAGGGCACAGACAAAGGCUAGCAAUGUUUGGUGUGGACCAGGGCUACGCCGGACGAGAGUUUGUGUACCUGCGUCAGGCGCCACUGACCAAUGGUGGCAUAAACAGUAACGGCGAACUGCAGUCUUACCACGCCGGUGCCCCAGACAUUUCUGUAUACGAUGUGUCACUGACCAAAAUUGUGGGCUGCGCGUCUGAAAGUGCGUGUGAUGCCCAGAGACGAUUUUUUGGUCUGCCGACAGAUGGUAGCAAGUCGCCCACUCUUCAUUCAGAAUCGCGCCCUUUCCGGUACAAGUUUGUGCUUGACGUUGACGGCAACAGCUACAGCGGUCGCUUUUACCGGCUUCUCGCAUCGCACAGCUGCCCCUUGAAGGCUUCUAUCUUCCGCGAGUGGCACGACGACAGACUUGUACCUUGGCUGCAUUAUGUACCGGUCGGCAGCCCACCUGACGAGCUACCGGAGCUGGUGAGGUUUCUGACGGAGACUGAAGACGGCCAGGAAAUUGGUCAUGCCAUUGCGGAAGCAGGACGAGAGUGGUAUGACAGGUCUAUGACCCCGAUGCAUCAGGGCCUUUACAUCUACAGACUCAUGUUAGAGAUGGCCUGGCUUUUGGACGAGAGAAGGAGUCCCAUUCAGUCGGCUUGA